AAGGAUGAGCAAGCGAUGUGAUGUUCACAGAGCCAGCUACGAUCACCAUCGUGAUCGUUGCAAGAUCGCAGAAACAACAGGAACACAGGAAGGAUGCACUCUUGCUGAAACUGCAGAGAGGAGAUCUUCAAGGAAGCUUCAGAACAUGUUGGUUUUCCAACUUCUGUCUGACAAUGUCACGGAUGAAGUAACAAGAAGCCAGCUUCUCAGAAUUUCAGGGCCCCAAGCGGCAAAUGGAAAAUCAAAGAAGAAAAACUUAACGUUCUUGGCAAAGUUUCAUAGCAAAAUAGUUGCUGCCUUGGCAUCUGAAUCCUCCCCGUGUAGAAACUCAUUCCACAAACCCAUCAUCUCUAGGGAGAUACUAGUCAGAGAAUACGCCAGAUCGGUUCGCAUUAUCAGACGAACAGCAGCAGUCUGCUUCUCGCCAUCGUCAGGUGCUGAUGAGGACUACGACCAUCUGCCUCACACGCAGCUUGACAAGGUGACCCAUGCAAUCAGCAGAGAAGAAUUUGGCCCUCUUUACCUGGUCACAUAAUCCAUUUCAGUUCCUGAUGCAGAUGAUGCA